ACUGUUACUUGUGUGACUGCUAUAUACGUCACCGGGGAUCGAUAUAUCUCGAAUCUCGAACCAUAAUACGAUACGAUUGUCGAUUUUACUAAUUCAUUGACGUUAUAGCUUCUUCUCCUUAAUAUUCCUUUUUAGAGUAAUUCGGAUUAAGUUGAAGACGACACGAUAACAGGUUCCGUUAUUAUUUUCCAAAACAGUGUGGGAUAAUCAGAAGCGGUAAAAUGACGGAAUCUGAGAAUAUUUUCUUAUUUGUGCCCAACAUUAUUGGCUAUGGCAGAGUGAUUUUGGCUAUCAUAUCUUUUUAUUUUAUGAGAACUAAUUAUGUUAUUGCAUCAUGGUGUUACAUCAUUAGUGCACUAUUAGAUGCAGUGGAUGGUCAUGCAGCAAGAUAUUUCAAUCAAAGUACCAAAUUUGGUGGUAUGUUAGAUCAGUUAACUGAUCGUGUUGGUACCAUGUGUCUUUUAGCUACAUUGUGUAUGUUUUAUCCAUCAUACUCAUUCUGGUUUCAAUUAAGCAUGGCCAUUGACAUUAGUUGCCAUUGGAUAUAUUUGCAUACAUCACUUUUGCAAGGAAAAACAAGUCAUAAAUUUAUUGAUAUGUCUGAAAAUGCGAUUAUGAGUGUGUAUUAUACAAAUCGUAUAGUCCUAUUUAUUAUGUGUGCUGGUAAUGAAGCCUAUUAUGCUGCGCUAUAUCUCCUUUACUUUACAGAAGGACCUACUUUUCUCGGUAUAAGUUUAUUUAGAUUGGUAAUGUAUCUUUCUGCACCAAUAGCAUUUGUUAAAACCUGUAUCUCAUUGUUACAUGGAUACGUAGCCUGUAUUAAUUUAAGCAUUAUUGAUCUGAAGGAAAGACAAGAGCGUUUAAAAGUGAAUUAAGUUAUUGCAUUUAUUAAGUAUUUAGCCAAAAUAAAGAUGAUUUAUCUUUCUAAGUUACAUAAAUAUUUAUAUUAUAUUUUUAUCAAUUUAUGCAACUGAAUGUGCCACAUUUGGAAUUAAAAUCCAUGAACUAUUUUAACAUUAGGUAGAUAAAUGGUGCUAGUCAUUGUUGAAUUUCUAUUUUAAUAACAAGCAUAUUGUGAGCAUUAUAUAUAUGUUAUACUUCAGUACAGUUAAACUUUUAAAAUAUUUAAACAAAUAUCAAUUCAGUAGAUCUCAUUAUAUUCUUGUAUUUAAUAAAUGAUUUUAUAUUUUCAAACGA